AAGGCCACUUGUCUCCACGCACCCACCUGUCGGCCAGGGCAAACAUCAUCCAGCAAGUUGGGACGGGCAUGGGCUGAACUUUAACCAUAAGGCUCAGGGUUUGGGUGAGUCUCCACAAAAAGCAGUGGGUAUCCCCUACUCCGCAGUGGCUGUGACCACAGAGUGGGGACGGCCAUCUGCUCUUGAUCGGGGUCCACAGAACAGACCCAAGAUGCUGGUGAGGAGCCAUCGGCAAGCCUCCGGUCUCUCCCUCCUGGUCAAGCAGGUGUGGGGGCCUCUGCGGCCAGAGCGUCUAUGUUCUCAGCACUCCCAUGCACAGAGGAACAGGACUAACCCUUUGCACCCCCUCUGGACAGGCCUGGUCCCUAUGUCUGGAGGCUCCCAGCAAUCUCCUAUCAACAUCCAGGGGAAGGACAGUGUCUAUGACCCUCGGUUGAGGCCUCUCCAGGUGUCCUACACCCCAACAUCCUGCCUGCACAUCUGGAACACGGGCUACUUCUUCCAGGUGGAGUUUGACAGCACCGAGGGGUCAGGGAUUAGUGGUGGGCCCUUGGAAAACCACUACAGACUACAGCAGUUCCACUUCCACUGGGGAGCGGAAAACGAGUGGGGCUCCGAGCACACGGUGGACGGCCAGGUGUACCCAGCAGAGCUGCAUUUAGUACACUGGAAUUCUGUGAAAUACCGAAAUUACCAGGAAGCUGUAAUAGGCGAGAAUGGCUUGGCUGUGAUAGGCGUGUUUUUAAAGCUGGGAGCACCUCACCAGGCCCUGCAGAAGUUGGUGGACAUCUUGCCAGAAAUAAAGCAUAAGGAUGCUCGGGCGGCCGUGGGCCCCUUCGACCCCUCCUGUCUGCUACCUACCUCCCGGGACUACUGGACCUACACGGGCUCCCUCACAACCCCCCCGCUGGCCGAGUCUGUCACCUGGAUGAUCCAGAAGCAGCCCAUUGAAGUGUCACCGAGCCAGCUCUCAGCAUUUCGUAGGCUCCUGUUCACUGCAGUUGGUGAAAAAGAGAAAAUGAUGGUGAACAACUACCGUCCCCUGCAACCCCUGCUGAACCGGAAGGUCCGUGCGUCCUUCCCAGCCACUACAGACGAUCCAAAGGGGUAGGGAGGACCAGCUCUGAGAAGAGGAAAUGCUUCCCAGUUUCACGGUCUGACAGCAUGUGACUUUUGAAAUUAAAAGGAAGUUGUUGUUUUAGUCAAUGUA